UAUUGUAUCCUGGAAUCGAAAAUUAUGAAAUACUUAAAGUAUGCUUAGCACCAUUAAUUCAAGAUCUUGUAACAUUAAAAGCCAAUGGAAUUAUAGAUACCUUUGGAAAGCACUGGAAAAUAGAACUUUAUUUUAGUUCAGACUGGAAAUUCCUAGCAAUUUCACUUGGCUUUAAUGCAGCAAAUUCAACUUUUUUUUGCCCUUGGU